AUGGCGUCGAGUUGGAGCCCGCAACAAGAGGGUUUACAAGAGCUCGUAGGGCUGUUUAGACAGUCAACUAGCACGGAACGUGAUGUGCAGCGGCGUAUUGCGCAGCGGCUCGAUGAAAUUAGCCAGAUUCCCGACUAUGUCAACUACCUCACGCUCGUGUUUAUGCAGAUGAAUGGCGAGCAAGUUUCGACGCGCAGUGUGGCUGGUCUGCUUGCGAAAAACUACCUAUACUUCAAUCGCCAGCAGGUGUCGCCAGCGUCGCUCGAAUACGUAAAGCAAAUGAUCCUGCCCGCGCUGGCGCUGCCAGACACCGUGUUGCGCAACGUUGCGACGCAGCUCAUUAGCGUCAUGAUGCAAGUGUGCUUGCCGCAGAACUGGGUCGAUGGGCUUGCGGCGCUCACGCAGGCGAUGGACUCUGCGAAUCCCGACGAGUCCGAAGCGGCGCUCUCUGCACUCGCCAAGAUCAGCGAAGACAUACCCGAGGCCCUGGACGCAUGUGAGAUCAAUGGCGUGCGUCCUCUGGACGUGCUAAUUCCCAAACUAAUCCAGGUGUCCUCUCACGCAGAUGCGCGCGUGCGUGUGCACGCGCUCAACAGUCUGAACCAGUACAUCCAGAUUGGUUCGCAGUCCAUGAGCCAGAAUGUGGAUGCGUACGUUGCGUCUCUGUUCCAGCAUGCGAGCGACGAGCGUCCUGUGGUGCGCAAGUUUGUGUGCCGCGCGCUUGUGUUUGUCCUAAGCACAUGGCCCGAGACGCUCGCGCCGGAAAUGAGCAACCUUGUCGAGUACAUGCUGUACUCGAUGCAGGACAAGGAUGAAGAUGUAGCGCUCGAGGCCGCCGAGUUUUGGCUCCAGUUUGCCGAGGAGCCGCAGCUGGCCGACCUGCUGCGUCCGUACCUGGGCAAAGUCAUCCCCACACUGCUCAAGUGCAUGGUGUAUAGUGAGCUGAGUCUGCUCAUGCUCGACGAUGUCCACGACGACGCUGCACAGCCAGACCGCCCUGAGGAUAUCAAGCCGCGGCAUUACGGCGGCACAACACACCGCAGCGAGCAUAUUCGCGAUCCAGACGCGCCUGUGGAAAGCACGCACCGCUCGCGCGCUGCCAUCGACGCCGAGUUUGACGAGGACGCAGACGCAGACGACGACGACGACGACGACGACGACGACGAUUUCGAUGACGACGACGCACUUGGCAGCUGGAACCUGCGGAAAUGCUCCGCGGCAGCGCUCGACGUACUUGCCGUGCGCUUCCACGAAGAGAUUCUGCCCGUGCUUCUGCCAUUGCUCAAGGACCGCUUGUUUGCCGAGGACUGGGUCCAGCGCGAGGCCGGCAUUCUCGCGCUUGGCGCCGUUGCCGAAGGCUGUAUUGGUGGGAUCGAGCCGCACCUUCCGACGUUGGUUCCUAUGCUGCUCAACAUGCUGCGCGAUCCGCAGCCCCUUGUGCGCUCCAUCACCUGCUGGACGCUGGGACGCUAUGCGAGUUGGACUGCUGGCGACGGCUCGCCAGAGCACCAGCAGCAGUACUUUAUUCCCAUGCUGGAAGGCCUGCUUGCCAUGGUUCUAGACAACAACAAGCGUGUCCAGGAGGCUGGCUGCAGUGCGUUUGCCACGCUCGAGGAAGAGGUCCGCGACGCGCUCGCGCCGUUCCUUUCUCCGAUCCUGCACACGCUCGUGCAAGCGUUCGACAAGUACCACCAGAAGAACAUGCUUAUUCUUUACGACGCCGUCGGUACGCUGGCCGAUAGCGUCGGCAGUGCGCUGAACAGGUCCGAGUACGUCGAAACGCUCAUGGCGCCGCUCACGGCCAAGUGGGGCGCGCUCGAAGACGACGACCCCGAUCUGAUUCCUUUGCUCGAGUGCCUUGCUUCUGUCACAAUCGCCAUGGGCGCUGGAUUUGCGCCGUAUGCAUUGCCCGUGUACCAGCGCUGCGUCGUGAUCCUGCGCCAGAAUUUGGCCGCGUGCGAGCAAGCGGCAGCCCAGGGCGAUCUCGAUACCGAGGCGCCGGACCGCACGUUUUUGAUCGUUGUGCUCGACUUGCUGAGUGGUCUGAGCCAGGGCCUGAAUACCCAUGUCCAGGAGCUUGUCGCGAACGUCGAGCCUCUCUUGCUCCCGCAGCUGCUUCCGUGCAUGACACAUAGCGAGGCGCCCGUGCGUCAGAGUGCCAAUGCGCUCCUCGGCGACCUUGCCAUCUCGGCGUUUCCGCAACUGCGGCCGUACAUGCCUGCGUACAUGCCGCAGCUGCUUGCGCAGGUCAGUGCAGACCAAAUGUAUGAGCAUCUGAGCGCGUGCAACAAUGCGACGUGGGCGUGCGGUGAGAUUGCGCUACAGUACGGCGCUGAUCCAGCGCUGCACCAGUGGAUCGAGCCGCUGCUCGCGAAGCUGAUUGCGAUUUUGCGGCAUCCCAAGACGCCCAAGAGCUUGUCGGAAAAUGCUGCGGUGACGAUUGGCCGGCUUGGUUUGGUCGCGCCGCAAAUCGUCGCGCCGCAUCUUGCUGUGUUUAUGGAGCCGUGGUGCCAGGCGCUGUGGGAUAUCAAGGACAACGACGAGAAAGAUUCGGCAUUCCUUGGUUUGUGCGAGGUAAUCGGUGUAAAUCCCAAUGGCGCUACCGCUGGGUUCGCCUACUUUUGCAACGCCGUCGUGCGCUGGACAAAGCCGAGUGCGCGGCUGAACGAAAUGUUUAGCAAGAUUCUCCAUGGGUUCCGCGAGAUGAGCGGCGAUAAAUGGGAGGCACACAAGGCGCAAUUUCCGCAGAUUAUACGGGAGCGGCUCGAGGAGCGCUACGGUGUGUAA